AUGGAAAUGCAAGAAUUGGUGAUGUAUUCCUGGUUGUUUUUUGACCGGAGCGCAGACUAUGGGGGAGAGAGAGAGGAACAGCCUGGGGAGGACACGGAUCACAUGGCUCGCUGUGAGGGACUCUCCCAGGGCAUAUCAGCAGCGUUAGACCUAGUGUUAGUCCAGCCCCCAGCUCUGCAGUGCGCUCGCCUGGUCUCCUCAGAUCAGCCGUUCAUCUUCCCUCUACACUCGGAUUAUCACUCACACGCAGCAGCCAGGCAUCAUCUCGACUCCAGUGCUGACCUGAUCCCCAGCUUAUAG